UUUGUCCGAUGAUUUCACCUCUUUCCAAAAGUGCUGUUAUCACAUCUUUGAUAACCCACUCUAGCAUUUUCCCCACCACCGAUGUCAGACUAACCGGUCUAUAAUUCCCCGGUUUCUCUCUCCCUCCUUUUUUAAAAAGUGGGGUUACAUUAGCCACCCUCCAAUCCUCAGGAACUAAUCCAGAAUCUAAGGAGUUUUGAAAAAUUAUCACUAAUGCAUCCACUAUAUCUUGGGCUACUUCCUUAAGCACUCUGGGAUGCAGACCAUCUGGCCCUGGGGAUUUAUCUGCCUUUAAUGCCUUCAAUUUACCUAACACCACUUCCCUACUAACAAGUAUUUCCCUACUAACAUGUAUUUCCCUCAGUUCAGUUCCUCCAUCUCACUAGACCCUCGGUCCCUUACUAUUUUCAGAAGAUUAUUUAUGUCCUCCUUAGUGGAGACAGAACCAAAGUAGUUAUUCAAUUGGUCUGCCAUGUCUUUGUUCCCUAUGAUCAAUUCACCUGUUUCUGACUGUAAAGGACCUACAUUUGUCUUGACCAAUCUUUUUCUUUUCACGUAUCUAUAAAAGCUUUUACAGUCAGUUUUUAUGUUCCCUGCCAGCUUUCUCUCAUAAUCUUUUUUCCCUUUCCUCAUUAAGCCCUUUGUCCCCCUCUGCUGGUCUCUGAAUUUCUCCCAGUCCUCAGGUGUGCCCCCUUUUUUUUUGCUAAUUUAUAUGUUUCUUCUUUGGACUUGAUACUAUCCCUAAUUUCCCUUGUCAGCCACGGGUGCACUACCUUCCCUGGUUUAUUCUUUUGCCAAACUGGGAUGAACAAUUGUUGUAGUUCAUCCAUGCGAUCUUUAAAUGCUUGCCAUUGCAUAUCCAUCGUCAACCCUUUAAGUAUCAUUUGCCAGUCUAUCUUAGCUAAUUCACGUCUCAUACCUUCAAAGUUACCCUUCUUUAAGUUCAGAACCUUUGUUUCUGAAUUAACUAUGUCACUCUCCAUCUUAAUGAAGAACUCCACCAUAUUAUGCUCACUCUUACCCAAGGGGCCUCACAUCACAAGAUUGCUAACUAACCCUUCCUCAUUGUUCAAUACCCAAUCUAGAAUGGCCUGCUCUCUAGUUGGUUCCUCGACAUGUUGGUUCAGAAAACCAUCCCACAUACAUUCCAAGAAAUCCUCUUCCUCAGCACCCUUACCAAUUUGGUUCACUCAAUCUAUAUGUAGAUUGAAGUCACCCAUUGUAACUACUGUUCCUUUAUUGCACACAUUUCUAAUUUCCUGUUUAAUGCCAUCCCCAACCUCACUACUACUGUUAGGUGGCCUGUACACAACUCCCACCAGCGUUUUCUGCCCCAUAGUGUUAUACAGCUCUACCCAUAUCGAUUCCACAUCCUCCAGGCUAAUGUCCUUCCAUUCUAUUGCGUUAAUCUCCUCCCUAACCAGCAAAGCUACCCCACCUCCUUUUCUUUCCUGUCUAUCCCUCCUGAAUAUUAAAUAUCCCUGGAUGUUGAGCUCCCAUCCUUGGUCACCCUGGAGCCAUGUCUCUGUGAUCCCAACUAUAUCAUAUUCAUUAAUAACUAUCUGCACAUUCAAUUCAUCCACCUUGUUACGAAUGCUCCUCACAUUGACACACAAAGCCUUCAGGCUUGUUUUUACAACACUCUUAAGCCCUUAUACAAUUAUGUUGAAAAGUGGCUCUUUUUGCUUUUUGCCCUGGAUUUGCCUGCCUGCCACUUCUACUUUUCACCUUACUACUUUUUGCUUCUACCCUUAUUUUACACCCCUCUGUUUCUCUGCACUGGUUCCCAUCCUCCUGCCACAUUAGUUUAAAGCCUCCUGAACAGCAGUAACAAACGCUCCCCCUAGGACAUUGGUUCCAGUCCAGCCCAGGUGCAGCCCGUCCUGUUUAUACCGGUCCCACCUCCCCCAGAACUGGUUCCAAUGCCCCAGAAAUUUGAAUCCCUCCCCCUUGCACCAUUUUUCAAGCCACGUAUUCAUCUGAAAUAUCCUAUUUCUACUCUGACUAGCAUGUGCAAACAUGCAAACAGCUAGGAGCCAUAGGUGAGAGCUGAGUGUCCAGUGGAGACCAAAAGUUUCAAGCAUUUAGGCUUGCAGACACCAGAAAUGGCGGGAGGUGAAAAUGAAACGAUUUCAGCACUUCAACAUUAGGAACUACAAAGAAUUUGAAGGGUACUAGUCAUCCUUCAACAAAUGAACAGAAUGCCCAAACUUAUACUGCUUCAGACAGCAGCUACUGAAGAAGAGGAAAAGAAAACCACCAGCUUGCAAAGGAAGUGGUGUGCACAAGUGAUUGCAAUCAAAAUCUAAACUGAUGUCAGGAGUGUUAACAAGUGUAAGCUUCGCUUUGUAUAUUUUGCACAGAACUACAGUUUUCAAUCAGAAUUUCAGAUGGUGAUGAGUAGGCGUACAGAAGCAAGGAAGAUCAGCUGGUUGAGUGGUGUCACAACAACAACCUUGCACUCAACAUCAGUAAGACCAAAGAACUGAUUGUAGAGUUCAGAAAGAAGAAGUUAAGGAAACAUCAAAAGAUCAGCAGCUUCAAGUUCCUGGUUCAGCAUCUCUGAAGGUCGGUCCUGGGCCCAACAUAAUGAUGCUAUUAUAUAGAAGGCAUUACUGUGCCUUUAUAGUUUGAGAAGGAUUAGUACAUCACCAAAGACGCUCACAAAUUUCUACAGCUGAACCGUGGAGAGCAUACUAACUGAUUGCAUCCCUGGUAUGGAGGGGCUACUGCACAGGAUCAGAAAAAGCUGCAGGAAUUUGAGAACUCUGCUAGCUCCAUCAUGAGCAGUAGCCUCUCCACUGCUUCUCUACACCUUCAAACAGCAAUGCCUUAAAAAGGCUGCAGCCAUCAUUAAGAACUCCCAUCAACCAGGACACACCCUCUUCUCAUUCCUACCAUCAACGAGGUUUACAGGAGCUGAAGACACACCAACAAUGUUUCAGGAACAACUUCUUCCCCUUUGCCAGCAGAUAUCUAAAUGAACAAUGAAUCCAUGAACACCACCUCACUAUUUUUUUCUCUCUGAUUUAUUUUUAAUAAAUAUUUCUUUUGGCAAUUAAUAGGUUUUUAAUCCUGUAUUGCAAUGUAUUGGUGCAGCAAAACAAUAAAUUUUACAACAUACGCCGGUGAUAUUAAACUUGAUUCUGAUUUUGUCUUAUUUCUGUAGACUCAAGUGUUCAUCACCCAAGUAAAUACAGAUGAAAAAAAAUCCAUUUAAGAUUUCCCUCAUCUCUUUCUGUCUCCAUGCAUAGAUGACCACACUGAUCUUCCAGAGGAAACAAUUUUGUCCCUUGCUAUUCUCUUGCUCUAAUAUAUCUGUAGAAGCCCUUAGGAUUCUCCUUCACCUUGUCUGCUGGAGCAAUCUCAUGUCUUCUUUUUAGCCCUCCUGACUUCUUUUUAAGCAUUCUUUUGCAAUUCUUAUACUCAAGUUCUUUAUUUCUUCUUCCUAGCUAUAUCUGCUAUGGACCAUCUUCUUC